CCGGAAGUCGCCGGCGCGGAAGUGCCUGGCUCACGAAAGCAUGGCGGCUGCGUUCAAGAAGGCGGGCAAGUCACGCCAGCGGGAGCACCGCGAGCGGAGCCAGGUGGGCGGACCAGGCAGAGGCGCCGCGGGGAGCGGGACGGGCGGACGGUCUCCAGUGGCGGCUUCUCCCUCCCUUCCCUCCCCGCCCGUCUCGAGUGUCGCUUCCAGGUUUGGGCUCUGCCUGCAGCAGAGGGGCCAGUGACCCCCGCAGGAGCCUCGUCUGGCUUAGAGGCAGCUGCCCUGCGCCUUGGCUGGGUGGGGAAGAGGUUAGAGGUCGUGGCCAGGGCUGCCCCUCAAGAGCCGAGGCCGCGGCGUCUCUGGAGCUCCUCUCUCCGCCUUCGGGGGGUGUCACUUCCGACGCCACCCUGUUGUACGAGGAGCUGCAUUAGGAGGGCACCCGAAGGUUUCCUCCCUCUUCCCCUACGGAAAGGCCCUUUUGCCCUCUGGGUCCUUGCGGACGGUCCAGAAGUUCAAUAGAAAUGCCCGGUUGGAAGGGACCCCACCCCAAGGGUUCAUCUACUCCAACCCCCUGCAAUGCAGGGAUCACAGCAAAAGCGUCGCUGAGAGAUGGCCUUCUGUCCUCUGUUUAAAAACCUCCAGUGGAGGAGAGUUCACCACCUUCCGAGGUAGCUGGGUGUCAGACAACCGGGCCCACUUCGCUCAGUAUGGUCUGCACUGACUGGCAGUAGUGGCCAGUCUCCAGAGUCCUUUCCCAGGCCUAACUGGAGAUGCUGGCAGGGAUUGGACGUGGGGCCUGCUGCAUGGAAAACAGGCAUCCUGCCACUGAGCUUACAGGCCUUUUCCUUGGUGUUAAUAAAUGUGCUAUAAAACAAGCUUAAACUUCAGUAGUCUACUUGUUUGUUUGUUUGUUUGUUUUAAAUAAGACACCUGGCGCAUAUAUCCACCUCCUAUGUUUAUUGAGCACUUGUCCCCAUGUGUGUUUGUUUCUCUCUCCCUGCUCCCCAUCCCCCAGCCAGCUUCGCGAAAGAAUCUUGGAAUCCUUGAAAAGAAGAAGGACUACAAACUCCGUGCCAAGUGAGUAAUGUCCCUCACUCUCACAAUAUGCCUCCUGCAGCUGCUCACUAGGACCUGCCAGUAUCUUGCACUGCAGCAAUGUGAUCAUCAUCAUUUAUUGCGUUUAUAUCUCACCUUUUCCUCCAAGGAGCUCCAAGUGGUGUACAUGGUUCUCCUCACUCUUCAUUUAAUACCCAUCCCUCCUCAUUUCAUCCCAACAAUCCUGUGAGGUAGAUUAGGCUUAGAGGCAGUGACUGGCCCAAGGUCACCCAGUGAGUGUCAUGGCCAAGUGGGGAUUUAACCCCUGGUCUCCCAGGUCCCUAGUCCAGCACUCUAGCCACUGCACCACACUAAUGUGGCUGUGUCAAGUUUGUCUGACCCUUAAAUGUGCUGACCCCAAAAUGGUGUGCAGGAGGUCUCUGCUACUUCAUUUCCCUGCUCAACAGUUGAUGAACGGGAAGGCUUUUCUUGCAGCAGGCAAGGAAAUGGGGUCUCCGCCAUGGGCAUUGGCAGGUUUUGUUGUUGGGGGGGGGGCAGAACCUCAGUUAGUUAACUAUUUUUAUUGAUUAUAAUUGAUCAAUUAAAUAAAUUUUAUUGGGCCCAGUUCUUGUGAGCAGCUAAAAUUGGGCCCAAGAAUGAAUUGACAACCAAUGUAGUUGUUUUAAAAUAUGGGUUGUGUGCCAUCUAAAUGGAGCCCCAGGCUGCAAUGUGGCUGCUGCAUCUUGAAUGAAUUGAGGUUUAAGUUGUCUUCAUGACCAGCACCAUGUGGAGUGUGUUACAGUAAACUAAUCUGGAAUAUUUGGAGGGUAAAGCAUUCCCUUAAUCAUCUGUAGUACUUUGUGUGUUCAUGGCAGAGGCUUGCAUUAGUUCCUGGUGAAAUAGAAAAGCCCUGCCACUGGAUCAAACCAAAGGCCUCUUGAGUCCAGCAUCCUAGUCUCACAGUGGAGAACCAAAUGCCUGUGGGAAGCCUCCAAGCAGGAACUGAGUGCAACUGCACUUUCCUUAUUUGUGAUGCCUGGCAGCUGAUAUUCAGAAGCGUAAAGGAAGGAGCAACUCUUCCCUUCCCCCUUUUCUAGCCCACUCGUAGCCUCUCUGUGGAGGAAACUCUUUGUGUGGAAAGGCUGUGCUAAUGUGGAUGUUUUGUUGCCUUUCAGUGACUACCAUAAGAAGCGGAAUGCGCUCCAGGCGCUUCGCAGGAAGGCCGAGGAGAAGAACCCGGAUGAAUUCUAUUACAAAAUGACCCGUGUGCAGCUCCAGGUGAGAGUCUGCCUUGGGAAGCAGCCCUGCAUAAGGGGGGGACAUGGCUUCCUGCUUGUUUGUCCAAGAAGCAGAUAGCGGAUCAAAUAGUCUUAUUAGCCUGAGUAGAGAAUAGGAUGGGACUAUUUUUGAAGGGUGUGUAUGUUCUGUGACCAACUUGAAUAGCUUUAAAAGAGAUUAGACAAAUGCAUAGAGGAUUAGGCUCUAUUUUACCUCCACUGUCAGAAACAGUUUGAUUCGGAAUACCAAUUACUGCAGAUUGGAAGUGGGGAGAGUGCUGUUGCAUUCAAGUCCUCCUUAUUGGCUUGCUGUUGGGCAUUUGGUUGGCCACUGUAAGAAGAGAAUUAGAUAGGUCUUUGGACUCAUCCAGAUGGAUGGGCUCUUCUUAUGUGGGGCUGCAUUGGGGGAGAGACAGUUGCAGUGUAGAUUCUGCUGCUGACCUUCAUGGCUUGACUGACUGGGUGGGGGUAGGGAUAAAUGCCCUUGUUUGCAUCUGUAUAUUUGUCCGCUCCAUCUUUUCUACAUCUUGUGGAGCACAAGAAACCCCAUCCUUGCUAUUUUUGUCUUUGGAGUAUUCCUGUUUAAUUUUCCUGUUCUGUUUGCUUGUUUGUUUGCCAGACGGAAAAGGGGGGUUACUGGCUUGUUCUACAGUGCCUAACCAGUCAGAUCUGUUGCAGAGAUUGUUGUCAUUUUAGGUUUCUGUUGUCCCAGCCCAAUCUAAGCUCUUAUGGCACCACUGACUCUGUCUGACCAGAAAGUAUGUAUGUUUUCUUACUGGCAGGAUGGAGUUCACAUAAUUAAAAAGCAGGAAGAAGAAACCACGCUGGAGCAGCAGAAGCUGAUGAAGACACAGGACCUGAAAUACAUUGAGAUGAAGCGGGUAGCUGAAGUCAAGGUUAGAGCACAUUCCUUUUUUCUUUUUUUAAAAGAUAUUUAUUAAAGGUUUAAUAGGUACAGAAAAAAGAAGAAAGAAACAAUAAAAAGUUCACAAUACAUCAAAAAUAAAGAAAAAAAACAAAAAACACACACAACAGAACAACAAAAAAAGCAAAAACAUUUAAAAAACACAUCCAAUAUCUCUAUAUCUCUACCUUUCAUUUACUUAUGUCAUCGACCUCCUCACACCUCCCUUUUUUGUAUUCUUGUUCAAUUAGCUAUUUCAGCAAAUCCUUUCCAUCUUUCUUAAUUUUUGUUCUAUAAUUUAUCUUAACACAAUUAACCUUAAAUUUCCACUUUUACCCAUUAACAAUCUAUUUUUACUUAAUUCUUUAUAACAUUUCUGCUAAAGCCAUAUAACUUCAUUCCAGCAUCUUUCUAACAUUCAUUAAUUUUACAAUAUUUCUGUAAAUAAGCUUUAAAUUUUUUCCAAUCUUCUUCCACUGACUCUUCUCCCUGGUCUCGGAUUCUGCCAGUCAUUUCCGCCAACUCCAUGUAGUCCAUCAGCUUCAUCUGCCAUUCUUCCCUGGUAGGUAGAUCUUGUGUCUUCCAGUGCUUUGCGAUAAGUAUUUUUGCUGCUGUUGUGGCAUACAUGAAAAAAAUUCUAUCCUUCUUUGGCACCAAUUGGCCUACCAUGCCCAGGAGAAAGGCCUCUGGUUUCUUUAGAAAGGUAUAUUUAAAUACCUUUUUCAUUUCAUUAUAGAUCAUCUCCCAGAAUGCCUUAAUCUUUGGGCACGUCCACCAAAGGUGAAAGAAUGUACCUUCAGUUUCAUUACAUUUCCAACAUUUAUUAUCGGGCAAAUGAUAAAUUUUUGCAAGCUUGACUGGUGUUAUGUACCACCUGUAAAUCAUUUUCAUUAAGUUCUCUUUUAAGAUAUUACAUGCCGUAAACUUCAUACCAGUGUUCCAUAACUGUUCCCAGUCAAUCAUCAUAAUAUUAUGUCCAACAUCUUGUGCCCAUUUAAUCAUAGCAGAUUUCACCAUUUCAUCUUGGGUAUUCCAUUUCAACAGCAAGUUAUACAUUCUUGACAAAUUCUUAACUUUAGGUUCUAGCAAUUCUGUUUCCAGCUUUGAUUUUUCCACCUGAAAACCUAGUUUUUUAUCCAAAUUAUAUGCCUCCAUUAUUUGAUAAUAAUGGAGCCAAUCUCGUACUCUGUUUUUUAAUUUUUCAAAGCUCUGUAGCUUUAAUCUGUCACCCUCUUGUUCUAAAAUUUCCCAAUACUUCGGCCAUUUGGCCUCCAUAUUGAGUUUUUUCAAAGCCUUUGCUUCCAUUGGUGAAAGCCAUCUUGGGGUUUUAUUUUCUAACAAAUCCUUAUAUCUUAUUCAGACAUUAAACAGUGCUUUUCUUACAAUAUGGUUUUUAAACGCUUUAUGUGCUUUGACCUUAUCAUACCACAAAUAUGCAUGCCAACCAAAUACAUUAUUGAAACCUUCCAAAUCCAAAACAUCCGUGUUUUCAAGAAGCAUCCAUUCUCUCAGCCAACAAAAAGCGGCUGAUUCAUAAUAAAGUUUUAAGUCUGGCAGGGCAAAUCCACCUCUUUCUUUAGCAUCAGUUAAUAUCUUAAAUUUUAUACGAGGCUUCUUGCCCUGCCAGACAAAUCUGGAGAUAUCUCUCUGCCACUUCUUGAAACAGUCCAUUUUGUCCAAAAUUUGCAGUGUUUGAAACAAAAAUAACAUUCUUGGCAAUACAUUCAUUUUUAUCACAGCAAUUCGGCCUAGCAGCGAUAGCUUCAAAUUUGACCAUAUUUCUAAAUCUUUUUUCACUUCAGUCCAGCAUUUUUCAUAAUUAUCCUUAAAUAAAUUCACAUUCUUAGCAGUCAUAUUAACCCCUAAAUAUUUCACUUUCUUAACCAAUGUCAGACCUGUCUCCUUCUGGAACUUCUCUCUCUCAAUCUCAUUUAGAUUUUUCUCCAAAACUUUAGUUUUCGUCUUAUUCAACUUAAAACCUGCUACCUGACCAAAUUCUUGAAUCAAUUCUAAUACUCUUUUUGUACUUGAUUCUGGCUCCUAAGGUUAGAGCACAUUCCUUUCACCCUCUGGGAUUCCCACUGGAGUUAAAGGGAAUUCACUUCCUGGCACUUAUUGUGGGUGUAUGAAGGGUUAACAGUCACCCCCGUAAAUGCUGCUCCCUGGUCUACCACAUGUGGAGUUGGGAAGGAAUAGUGGUUGUGUUUGGCUGUCUUAUAUGUGACUUGGCUUGCUUGCAAGAGCCAUGUGCCAAGCUUUCCACCGUGCUUCUGUUUUGUGUGAUUCACCCUGGUCUGGUUUUUGUUCAUGAAUGAUUGUGGAGAGCUGCCUGGCAGCUGGAUGGCCAUGCCUUGUGCUAGGAGGCUGCCCUAGACAGAUGGCCUCAGGGAGCCUGGGGACCCUCCUUUCUAUCAGGCCAGCCUAUUGGUCCCACUGGUUCUGUUGCCUACUCUGGCUGGUGGUAACUCAUCCCAGGGAGAGGAAGGCCUCUGCUUGUCAGGCAGAGGUGUUGGGGACUGUGCUUUUCACAGUCUGCGUGCAAAGCCUGUGCUCUUCCCUGAGUUCAGGUCCUGCCCCACCACUUCCAGCUCUCCUGGUUCUGUGGCUCCCAGCAAAGAUGAAGACUUGAGUCACUUUUCUCUCUUAGAAAAUUGAAAGGCUGAAGUCGGAGCUCCACCUGCUGGAAGCUGAGGGCAAGCAGCCGAACAAACACACAUUCUUUUUUGACACAAAGAAGGAAGGUAAGGGGGGCAUGUAUGGCGGAUGUGGGGGGCACUUGGCUGCUCUCUCCCCACCCUCCUCUUUCUUGUUUACUUUUCCGUCAGAGGAACCUUCCUUCUCAUCCUUCUCCUUUGACUCUAAUGCACUUGUGCUGAAGAAUGUUGUGGGGGUUGUGGGAUGGUAGUUGGAAGAGGGGAAGGGAGGGAGCUGCCAGAGGCAUAAGAGCCUGCUGGAUCAGGCCAAAGGGGGCCCAUCUAGUCCCACAUUUUGCUCUCACAAUGGCCAACAAGAUGCCCAUUAGGGGAAACCUGCGAGUGCAGGAUUUGAGCACAAGAGGCCUCCCUCCUCCUAUGCCUUCCAGCACCUGGUAUUCAGAAGCCCCCAGGCUGCUUCCUGUUCUGCAUGACCCUUCCUUAGGGCUCUGGAGUGUCUGGUGAGUGGUGUUUCUUGGCUGACUUUGCCAACCCCAGGGCCUUCUCUUUUUUCCAGUGCAAAGAUUUGACAUUGCCACCCAUCUGAACACUGCACCGGAGCUGGUGGGCAGAGUGUACAACCGGCCAACCCUUGAAACUCUGCGGAAGGAAACUGUUCGGGGGGCCACCACCCAGGGCCAGUUGAAGGUCUGUGCAGCUGCUUCUUAUCAGCUCCCUAGAGUCUUCUGCUUGGGAGCUAAACUGAGGGUGUCGAAGUGGGAGGACCCAUGUUCUCAUCCUGGUUGCAUGCUUCGGCUUAUAGCCCGCUGAGUUCUGCUCAUUUAAUUGGAGUUCUGCUCCACUUAAAUGAAUGGAUCUCAGCUAUUGAUUUAAAGGGGUUUUUUAUGGGUACUUUGCGUAAUGCUAAAUAUUGCCCCAAGUGCCACUAGGACUAGCGGAGAGGUGGUGGAGUUCUCUCAGCUCCCUGCAGAUACGGGGUGACGUGUUAAAUCUAGGUAGGCAGAUAAGAAGGAAAAUAUUUCUCAGCCCGGGGUUGGCGGCUGCUGAUUUUAUUUAUAGUCCUCAGGCUUGCACGAUUUGGGAAAUGGGCCAGAGGGAGCCAGACGUCUGCUCAGUGUGUUUGAGAGUGGGGGAAGGGGAUUCCCCCCUUUCUUCCUCCACGUUCAGUUUGAUUGGCUCCAGCCUAUCAGGAAGCUCUGCAGAAGGUCACAUGACUCCUGCCUGGGAUACGGAGGAGGAGGAAGCCUUGAGGAGCAGAAACAUUGGGCAAUACCCGGCAGCCUGAGAGGAAUUCAGGGGCCAUCCAGAACUGCUGAGGCAGAGACUGCUGUGGCGGGAGAUGGGAGAUAAGGUCCCCACCCUCCUGUUGGCAUAUUGCUGAAGUCGCUGUGCUAGUUCAGACUGGUGGGUUCUCUUCUCUUCCAGGAGAACUGAGUCACCUUCUGAAGGUGCGACAAGUCUGGAUCCGUCGUCCUCAAUGGUGCUAAUUAGCUCACACCUGCCUUGAGAUGGCCUUGCUCGGGAAAGCUGGGUCUGGCAGCCUGGGGCCUGGGUGCCGUGGGGAUCGGCAACAUGCUCCCUGGAAAUGGCAUUGAGCCAGGCCCACAGGAGAGGCCCAAACUCCCUCUGUACCUGCUGUGGUGAGAUGUGAGACCUCCAGGGUUCCCAGAGCAGCCUGCCUGCUUUUGUCAACCCACCCCAUCCCACUGGCCUAGUAUAUGUUUAUGUCUUCCUUGGCCUGUUGCUGUGAAUAGUUAGGAAGGGUUGGGUUGAAAGGAAGAUGCUCCUUUGGGAAAGUCUCUUUGAGAAUCCAGGGGAGAAGUUUGACUGCAGGGUGUCUGUGGCUUCUCUUGAGAAUCUGGCUGCAGAGGGCUGCUUUUUCACAUGUUGAAUGUUUAGCUGUGAGAUGGACUCUGGUGAAGGUGCCCUUCCUCAGUUACAACUCACAGCAGCCAGCAUGACUUCUUGUCAAGGAUGAUGAUGGGAAUUGUAGUCCAGCAACAUUUGGAGAGCAUUGGAAUAGGGAAGGUUUGCCUGCAGGGUUGAAAGUGGGGUAUGCUGGGAACUUUCACUUAACCCACCGAGAAAGAAUUGGAGGCAGCCUUGGGCAUGGUGUCUUCUCCUUAAGAUCGGUUGGAGACACCUGGCGUUUCAGGGAGGACUUGUUUCUGUCCAUUGCCAAAAGCAAUAAAUGUCUCUCUCUCUUUUGUCUUAAGAAAUUAGCCCGCCAGAGGAAGAGUCAGUACAGCCUCCUGAAGCAGCGCAUUGAGAGGGAGCGGAAGAUGUUUGUCAUCGCUCAGAAGCUCCAGACCCGGAAGGACCUUUUGGUGAGGGAGCAGACUGUGUCUUUGCCUUCCACCUACUAUUGCUUCCCUUUGCUCUUGGCUGAGGUGGCAGUAUCUUGCUACUGCCUUACAGUGGCUUCUCCUGCCUCUUUUCCAGGGAACAUGGGAGGGGGGGUCAAUGUGUGUCUUCAGAGAGGAUCAGUCAGCCCUUCCUGCUUCCCAAGGGUUAUGUGGGCAGUUCCACAACCAGUUUGAGAGACUGAGAGAUCUAAGAUGGGUUGCUUGACUCCUUGCUGCUUCCCAGCCCCCUACCCUAUGCCUGGCUUUUCUCUCUUGAGCCUUAUGAGAAGGGUAUGUUGCUUUAAGAAGCCCCACUUUCUUCUCCCCCAAUUUCAGGACAAAGCCCACAAAGUGAAGCUGAAGAAAGAGACCGUCAACCAGCCAGCUAUUUACAAAUUCCAGUUCAGGCGGAAGCGCUGACUGCCGUGUGCUGUGGUGGGUAUGAUGAAGGACAUCUUAUUCCACGAUAACUUAGAGGAGGUUCCCCCACUCCCACCCCGGCAAGUGGCCUUUCUUGGUGGAGCCGUCUCAUUGCACAAAUUCAUUUUCUCGUUUUCAGAAUAAAUGUUGUCUUGUAUACCUUCUUUUCAAACAAAUCCACUGGGAGCAAUUCUGAUUUCUAUUGCUUGUGUGAAGGGGCUCACUGAACAUGCAGAGAUGGGGCCCUAAGGUGGCCUUGUCAACCCAUCAUAACUGGCAAGAAAAUGUCUCUUCCUCUCCAGAUUUUGAACUUCUGCACUGGAACACCUGGGUAUGUAAUGCAAGUGGGUGAAUAAUAAUAAAUUCAAACCAAAAUGAGCAGUGA